CCUUGAUAUAAAAUCACAGCUCCCACCAUUUUCUGCUUACUGACACAGACUUCCUAGUGGUAGGCAAAAUGGCUUUUCAUUCUGCAUUUCUCGUUUUCUUAGCUGGCCUGGCACUUUGCUCUGAAGCUGCACCGUUGGACCCUCCUGAUGCCAAGCAUCCUCUUUCUGUAAAAGUCGUGGAUUCCGUCCGAGGAAGUCCAGCUUCAAAUGUUGCAGUUAAAUUAUAUAAAGGAGCUGCAGAUGGAUCUUGGGAACUGUUAAAUUCACAACAAACCAAUGAAAAAGGAGGUCUCCCAGAGCUUACAACGAAAGAACAAUUUGUAGCAGGGUUAUACAAGCUUGAGCUUGAUACAGCCUCUUACUGGAAGAGUCUGGGCUUGAAUCCCUUCCACCAACACGCUGAUGUGGUGUUCACAGCUAAUGAUGCUGGUAAUCGGCGUUACAAGAUUGCUGUUGUCCUCAGUCCCUUCUCUUACUCAACCACAGCAGUAGUUAGUGAGCCAGUGGAAUAAAAGCUGACAUUAAGCAUGAAAAUAAAUAAAUGAUAAGAACUUA